AUGUCCUAUCGCCCAAGCGGGAACUCCAGGACCGAUGUCCGCCGGAAUCGUUACAAGGUGGCGGUGGACGCUGAGGAAGGUCGGAGACGGCGAGAAGACACCAUGGUGGAGAUCCGCAAGAGCCGCAGAGAAGAGAGUUUGCAGAAGAAGAGGCGCGAGGGGCUCCAACCUCAACAGAUGCCUGCUUCCAUUCACUCUACUUUGGUAGAGAAGAAGCUGGAACACCUACCGUCAAUGGUUGCUGGUGUUUGGACUGAGGACAAUAACCUACAGCUCGAGGCAACUACUCAGUUUCGGAAGUUGCUUUCGAUUGAACGAAGUCCACCGAUAGAGGAGGUUAUUCAGACUGGUGUGGUUUCUCGUUUUGUCGAGUUCCUGAUGAGGGAAGACUUUCCGCAAUUACAGUUUGAGGCAGCUUGGGCUUUGACAAAUAUAGCUUCUGGAACGUCUGAAAACACCAAGGUGGUGAUUGACCAUGGGGCUGUCCCAAUUUUCGUGAAGCUACUUGCUUCUCCAAGUGAUGAUGUCCGUGAGCAGGCGGUGUGGGCAUUAGGAAAUGUUGCUGGGGAUUCUCCUAGAUGCCGUGACCUUGUUCUCAGUCACGGGGCAUUGCUUCCUUUGUUGGCACAAUUGAAUGAACAGGCCAAGCUUUCUAUGCUUAGAAAUGCUACCUGGACACUUUCAAACUUCUGCAGGGGCAAGCCACAGCCUCCUUUUGAUCAGGUUAAACCUGCACUUCCUGCUCUUGCGCGUCUUAUCCAUUCAAAUGAUGAAGAAGUAUUGACUGAUGCAUGUUGGGCACUUUCUUAUCUCUCUGAUGGUACAAAUGAUAAAAUUCAAGCUGUAAUUGAAGCUGGUGUUUGUCCCCGACUUGUUGAGCUUCUACUGCAUCCAUCUCCUUCAGUACUAAUUCCUGCACUUCGAACUGUUGGAAAUAUUGUCACUGGAGAUGAUAUGCAAACACAGGUUAUCAUCAAUCAUCAGGCUCUUCCUUGCCUUCUGAGUCUGUUGACCAAUAAUUAUAAGAAAAGCAUCAAGAAGGAAGCUUGUUGGACCAUAUCAAACAUCACAGCUGGGAAUAAACAGCAGAUUCAGGCUGUGAUUGAGGCUAAUUUAAUUACUCCUCUGGUCAACUUACUUCAAAAUGCCGAGUUUGAUAUCAAGAAAGAGGCUGCUUGGGCUAUCUCAAAUGCUACAUCCGGUGGUUCCCAUGAACAAAUCAAGUUCCUAGUAAGUCAAGGGUGUAUUAAGCCCUUAUGUGACCUUCUCAUCUGUCCCGACCCUAGAAUUGUGACAGUUUGUCUGGAAGGCCUUGAAAACAUCCUGAAGGUGGGAGAAGCUGAUAAAAGUAUUGGCAAUACUGGUGAUGUGAAUCUAUAUGCCCAAAUGAUUGAUGAUACCGAGGGGCUGGAGAAAAUUGAGAACCUUCAGAGUCACGACAAUACAGAGAUUUAUGAAAAGGCAGUGAAGAUUCUUGAGACAUACUGGUUGGAGGAGGAAGACGAGACUAUGCCUCCUGGGGAUGCUUCUCAGUCAGGGUUCAACUUUGGUAACAAUGAGACUCCUGCUGUGCCUUCCGGUGGAUUCAACUUUAAUUAG